GUCAAGACAGUAUAGAGAGGAAAGCAGGGCAGGACUGUUUCAUUUAACAUUUUUACAAAACGACAGCUAUACCUUCGGGAGCACUCAAGCAGUUGUUUGAAGCCUUUUGUACAAAUGAAGUUCAGCAAAGCUAAGUGGAGAGUGUAAGUUAAGAUGUAUGGACGAGCUCCAAGAGUGACCUUCGUGUCAACAGGCGCUACUUCAUCGGCUGUUGGCCCCGGAUCCUACAAUGUCAGCCGGCGCAGUUACACGGUAGCAGAUGGCUAUGCUCCCUUCUUGUCCUUGACCAACAGGCAGUCACUAUUAACAAAAUCCAGUGAUGAGAUACCAGGACCUGGACAGUAUGACUCUUUACCUCUCAAGCCUAACAUCCAUGGUGGCCGCAGUCUUCAGAACCGCUCCAAGCGUUUUGAAGAUGUGGUGUCAGAGGUUCCUGGCCCUGGGGCCUACAAUGUGCUGCCUGCCUCAGAAAAUAUUCUCAGGGCCAUGACUGCUGAUGUAGGACAGAAGAAGCUUGGCAGAAAAAUGGCUAAAAGUCUCCGGCUGGUUCGUCAGUCAGAUAUCCCAUCCAUUCCUUCCCCGGGCCAGGCCUAUGGCUAUGAGGAAGAUGUCCUGGGUGUGCUCCGCAAGCAAAAGCCUCCUCCUAGCGACCCAACCCUGGGGCCAGCCUACUACAAUCCACUGCUGUCAGAUGUGAGUUCUGCACAGAAGUAUAAUGGGGUCCACUUUGGCAACAUGACCGGGAGGAGAGGUGAUGUGCCAGUAAAGAGUGGACCAGGUCCAGGACAUUAUUACCCUGAGAUAGUCACAGAAACACAUUAUGAAAAUGUGAACCUUCAAAAGGAUCAGAGAGGUAGAGCUGAGCUUAUCAUCCCUCGCUACCAUGAAAUGGUGCCCAAGCAAGAGGAAAAGAAGGGAGUUCCUGGUCCAGGCCAGUACCACAUCAGAAGUCAGUUUGAGAAGCCUGUCAAGCCCAGUGGCAACCUGCCAAAGUUCACUUGUCCCUUCCUCUCACAAGCUGAGAGGUUUACCUCUAUGAAAGAAGUGUCGCCCCCUGUUGGUGCGUAUAAUGACCCACGCUGUGCCCUGGAGCUGCUGAAGAGGACCACAGGAGUGAAGAAAAGCCCAUUUGGCAUCACUGCUGUGCGCUUCUCACCGAAACACAAAAAUGUCUCCACACCAGGUCCAGGUUCCUACAACGUGUUUGAGCAUGGUUUAGCCCGUGAGAGUUUUAAAAAGGCAUUUUUAGAGAAAACCAGGAAAGGAGGCUUUGGCUCCACUGCUAAACGCAGCUCUGUUUUCCACGACAAGGAAUCAAUAGAGGCCCCAGGUCCAGGACAGUAUGAGGCAGAAAAGAAGACAGAGGAGAGCUACAAAAAACAGCAAACGGCGAUUUUCAAAUCAGCCACAAGACGCCUCAUGUCACCACUACUGGCAAAAGACUCCCCUCCACCCAACAGCUACAAUGUGAGUCAGACAUCUGAGAAGGUUAAUGGCCACUCUUACUCAGAACCCCGAAGUGAAGGCGCUAAGAAACGUCAGAGCUGCUUCCUCUCUGCUGCGCUACGAGAUAAUUUCUUCCUACGACAUGACCCCAGCAUUCCAGGCCCUGGUCAUUACAAUCCCAGUGUGAAAUCCUUCCCAAAGAUGGCUUUGAUCUCUUCCAGAGAAGAUCGAUUCAGAGUCUCCAUGAACACCAACCCUGGACCUGGCACUCACCAGUUGAGUCCAGGUAUUAUGAACACAGUACUGAAGGGCACCUUCAAUGUGACGCUCAACAACCCUCUGAGUCCCUGCCAUUCUCCCCAUUUGGCCACCGGGCCUUUAACAGCCCACAAGACCAUUAACGUCGCACCCAAGGCCUUCAUCACCACCGGGACUUCUUAGAGCACUUUAUGGAUCAAAAUUCAGAGGUGAAAGGCAUGGAAGAAGAUGAAAGACCUACAGAGAUCCUUGCCUCUACAGUUGAUAGUUCCCUCCUUCUUUAUUUUAGUAACAAAGAACCUGGAACACUGAUUCGGCUGUUGUUUGUGGCUCAGCGUCCUCUGUAUAAACUACUUUAAUAAUGACAUUUUGAAAACCUGUAAUAUGAAUAUUACCUCAUGUCUUCCAAUCGCAAGUUACUCUUAAAUAGGACAUCUUUUUAAAAAUGUGUGUAUGAAACAUUAAUGUUUCUAAUUUUUUUCCCAUGAAAAUAAUCCCUUCCUGCCUUAGAAUAGUUUAGUUGUAACUCACUGUUGCCUUCUUUAAAAUGUGCACAUAUAUAAAGACCUCAUCGCACCUUUCGCACACCAGCUCACACAGGCUCUGAUCAGACACUGUAAAAGUAGUUAGUGCUGCAUAAUGGGAAGUUGUACCACUGCAGUAAUUUAGCCAUACAUGUCUGAACCAGGAAGCGAUUAUAAAGAAGAAGACCGCCAGCCUGCAGGUUAGUUGGAUUGCAGGAGGUCUGAAUCUGAGACUGUUAGUGGUAGACUGAUGUUUCAAGGUUUCAAAGCUCAUGCAUGGCAGUGACUUUCACUCAUGAUAAGUUUUCCAGCAUAUGAAAAGGACCAUAUGCACAUGUGAGCACUGGAAAAAAGAUUUUCACUGGAGGAGGUCUUUAAAGCAGCAAUCAGAAGAUCCAAUCUGACAUAAAUGAGACAAAGAUUAGAAGUGAUGGGAAGAUUUUGCCAUACUGAUUUUGCUAAGAACAUUUUCUUGUCCUAUAAUGCUUAUACUGGCUAACGACAGUGAAGCUUGGUAAAUGGUAGUGUCAUAUGCCUCAAGCUUUGUUCGAACCCUCACAAGAUGUGUUCUAACUUUCCAAGGCCAAGAUUGUCAGAAAUCAUGUUUUAUUUAUUGCCAAUGAACCAGUGCAUGAGACACUUAGUAAAAAUGCUAUUAGAUUUGUAGCCAUACAUUAUUGCUUAGCAUGCAUAAAUCAUGAAGCCAUUCAUUAUGCAUAUUUGUGAUGACUAGCAAAGAAACAGCUGUGAAAGUCAUGUGGAAGACUUAUGAUGUACAGCAUAUUCCAGCAUUGUUGUAGACUGAUAAUUUGUUUCAUGCACAUAUGCAGCACAACAUACACCUAACCCAAGUACAUUCUGCUCAUGAAUACAAACAUGAAUUUUUGCUGUGCUAACUUAUCUGUAGUGGAAUUAUUUGGUGCUGUAGACUUGAUUUUACCGAGCAUGCAAAGCAGCAGCAUGAAAUAUUAAGUGUACAAUGCUUUGAAACACUUGUAAGAGCAGACAGGCUGAAGAAUCAUAGAGAGGGUUGAGAGAAAAGUUGUGUGGAGCUGCAAUGGAGAAAACUAAACCUGAAAGGAGAGGUUUGACAUUUUUGGAAAUAUACUUAAUGCUGUCUUGCUGAUAGUGAGAGGAGACAAUGACGCGUUUCUCAUAUGUCUGUUAAACACAAAGCCUCCACUGGCCAGUUUUAGUUUUCUGGCUGCUGGUUGGGGGGAGUCUCUGCUGAUUUCCUGGCAACCUCGCAGCUACCGUUGCAAGCCAAGAAAUAGUCUGGUACAUAAUGCCUGUAAAACCAUAACUGCUCCUUUCCCCUCUUCAACUUGUUUGUAUGGAUUAAAAAAACAAGAUAGAAUGGUAUAUAUACAAGCAUGAGUUGCUCUGAUAUCAAGAAACUGUAAAAUGAGGUGUCCUUUUACUUUUAUUGUACCUUUACAUUGAUUUAUAGUAGGUUAUGUGUUGGAAAAUCUCAAAUGUGACAAAACAACUCACUAUAUGAAUGCAUGUGUGAAAACAGCUGUAAGGUGAAGUAAAAUAAGUUCCUGACCUUGUACAUGGCAUCAGAGAGGUAGAAAUGAUGGCUGUGAUGAGGUGAUGUGAUGCAGGCAGUUCAUAGUGUCAGAUAAACCACUUUUACUGGCCGUAACAACUGGAGAGUGUGGAUUUAUGGCUCUUUUCACUGCUGAUCACUCGCCAUAAAUCAGCUAUUCAUGGUUGUGUGUGAAUGUGUGUGUUCUGGAUCCUUAAAGACAAAGAAAAGGGUCAGUACAGAAGAUGCACAGGUGACUGUCUGGAUGCAUUUUGGUUGCCUGAUUUAAAAUCACCUUCCCACCGCUUAAACCCACCCGCUUCCUCUUUUUCCUGUGUGGAAUGCGUCCUUAUCCUGCUGUGUUCAAAAUGUCUCUCUGAACGUUCAGAGGAACAGGUCCGACAGAGAACCAUGUCUCUGAUUGUUCCUGUGGGCCUUUUAGCCUAAUGAGGUGUUUACCCCCUAUCAUUAUUCAGCUGGGAGUGGAGCAGAGGGAGACGGAGCGGGGAGAGAGGGCAACGGGAGGACGGGCUAGAGAGAGGAUGGCAACAUGUGAAGUUGACAGAAGAAAGCAUGAAAAGGGAAUAGGGGUGAAGGAAAAAGAGGCCAGUGGAAGAUGGGCAAAAAUGAGAGAUUGUAUAUGGGCAGAGGGAAAGAUCAGAGAGUUGAAAGAAAGCGAGAGGCAGAGGAAGAAAAAAAAGGCAAAGAGGAAGGGGAGAGAGUCUGGUGUUAUUUAUGCCUCCCUCGGCACUCGUUUUUACCUUUUUUUUCCCCUGCGAGCUGUUUUACAUCGGCGAUCUAAUUAAAUCAAAUAAAUCACAGUGCAUGCACACACACACACACACACACACACACACACACGCAAGCACGCACACACACAGCUACAACAGCCCCUCCUGAUUCUGGGAUUGUGAACAUCUCCUUUCCCUCCUACCCCCCUCUGCCCAAGAUUGAAUAAAUCUCGAUCAUGGUGCAUUACACGGCACAUCAUUCAUGUUGUUUAUAGGUCUAAAAUAUGCAAACAGACCAGGGGCAUAAAAAUGAUCGAUGCUCAAAUAGGCCCCUUUUCCUGUUCAAUUCUCGUCUCUCACACAGCACCAAGCGCUGUCACUUACACAUGCCUUGUGUGGGAUGAAGACAUAUUGUAUUGUGCCCUUAUGCUGUCCCCUCAUGAUAUUUAUAUUGUCUUCGUGCAGCAAAAGCAUUUUCAUUACCUCAUUUACUAAAUCGCUGUCUCUACUUUUGAGCCCUUAUUAAAUCUAAUUUGCUUUGCUGAACCUUGAGGCUCUCCCUGACAGAUCGCUUGAUAAUUGUAAAAUAGAGGUGAGUUGAUCAGUGUUUUUAUUGGUUACAGUGGGACUCUGAUACAUGAAACACAUACGAACAACCAGCAGCUGCUAAAGGUGCAGUUUAUUUCCAGGAAAUAACUACCUCUGGGAGAUAAUUGUUUGGGCAUAUGUUGUCCAAAUAUGUUGUUACCAAAUGUAUAAUUUUUUGGCCAAACUAAGCAUGAAAUAAAUAUUCAUUUUCCAUGAUAAACAUAGUUUAGUAAAGGCAUCCCAACAUUUUAAAAAGAAAAACUAUACAAGUUACUGAAUAAGUCCAUUGCAGAGAUGGUUCAUUCGAUUCUUUUGUUUAUAAUAGCUGUUUUUCAUGACUGGGUAACAUUUCAGAAAUUGAACUAAAACUAAGAUUUUAAUUCAUUGUUCAUUACAGAUGACCUUAGAUUAUAAAAUAUUUUUCAUAACUUUUUUUCACAUCUUUUAAAGCUUUCAGCAUCAACAGCUGCUGUAACUGUUACCAUUUAAAAUAUGUAUUUCAACUUAUUUUCUAUAUUUUUGACUGCAAGCACUUGUAUCCUUUCAAAAUCUACUAUGUUGAAUAAAUGGUCCUUAAAAGGGACUUUUUGCAUGUGAUACAAAAAUAUAAUCUUGCACUGAAUUUAGCUAUUUUUCUCAGUAUUUUAAAGUCUAGCAUCAAGAUAAAAAGUGCUGUAAAGCACAUAGUGAAUUUUAAAAUAUUUGAAAAUACUAAUUUACAUUUCGUCCAUGCCAUCCACCAUUAUCUCUGUUGGUUUUAACUGUUAUUUGUUAUGAUGUUUUUUCUCACCAUUUGUACAUCAAAAAUAUGUCUCUGUUAACUGUGAAAGUCAUCUUUGAAACUAACCAGAGGUCAAACUAGUUUUAUCAAUCUUCUGCUGACCUUAUAACUCAUUACAUCGAUACAUGUAAAUGCGACGGGCUAUAUUUAGCUGCAAUAAUCUUGAGGUGACAGCUACACACUCACAAAUACAGCUGGGUGGAAAGCCAGAUUAGUUGGUGUCUUUAAUUAAAGGAGAUGUACAGUAGUGCAGAAGAAUUGAUGUGUAGGUUAACAAGUGCUGACAAGGGCAGAAUAGACAGUGAGGCUUCAUUAAGAUACAGUGAGAAGAACAAGACAGGGUUACAAUCAGUGCCAGUCACUGCUGAACUCCUCUGCAUCUCUACCUUAAAGCCUGGAGCAGCCGUGGAUUAUUCUUACCUUAUUUCCAGCAUGAAAUAGAUGAUGGAUACCUGAUGGUUUUGAAUUCUAGCCAGAGAGAUGCUCUGAGUCUUCUGCAGUAGUGACACUUACUAAUUAAACUUUAAAGAGUUUAAAACACAUGCAGAUUAAAUAGGAAAUUCAGUUUUUUAAAGAUGAACGAUGCUUUUUGUGUUCACUGUCUUUCAUUGCCGUCAUUUAUCAGACAAAAUGUUGCUUUCUCAAAGUGUUGCAAUCUCCUGAUUAAUUAAAAAUAUAUAUAUAAAAAAAAAUCACACACUGCCAAGCACUGGCCGGCCAACAAUCUCAACUAAAGGACAAAUAUGUGUUAUAUACUUAGCUGCAUUGCUUUAACUUUCUUCUCCUUGCUUCUCUCUUUCACACAUACUGUAUGUAAUCUCUUGAGUCAUUUCAUCAACUUUUUCCCCCUCUUUUUCCCCCACACCACUUCUCCUCUUGCCUGUCCUCUUUCCACCAUAGAUGCGAGUUACUAAUUAUUAAACUUGUGUCUAAGAAGGACUGUCUUGCUUUAGCUGUCAACUGUUUUGCCACUUGGCUGCUCAUAUCUGCACACUAUCAGCACUACACUAAACACUCAUUGAUAAGCAAACACAGCGGCACUAGAUAGAUAGAGAUAGAUAGAGAUUUUAUUCAUCCCUUUGGGGAAAUUCAGGGAUUUACAGUGCUUAAUUUGUUUUGCUAAUACCUUGUGUGUGUGUGUGUGUGUGUGUUGUUUCCUCUAUUUUGUCCACGGAAUUCUAAGUGUGGCCACUUUCUCCCAGAGACUAAACAUGUGUCCACAUAUUUCAGUGAAGCUGCUCAUCUAGAACAGGUAGAUUCUCAGUUUUACUGUACUGUUUGGGGACUUAGGGAGACUAGAUGGUUAAUUCAUUCAUUUUACAUGCUCGCACUUUUGCAAACAGUCCUUGAAAUCAGACUAAUGAAUUUUAGACAGUAGAUUCUUUUUUUUUCUUUUUUUUGUGCAAAAUGUCAACAGAUUUGUCACGUUAGUUUUUGUUGAUGCGACACCACAAUAAUAAGCCAUUUUCCCCAUGGAGUAAUUAUGCUGAUUAUCAUCAAAACUGUUUCACAGUGUGUUGCAACUCUAGAUGCACCGGUUCACUGUUGCACAGCUUUUAUGCACAAACUCCACAUCCUCCGCAUUGAGAUAGAACAAGUGAUACACUGUAUG